CACACCCUAUCUCCGAGGUCCCAGUUCCAGCCUUCAGUACUCUCUCCAGGGGCUGUCCUGGGAUUCUGGCUGUAGCCUUCCUACUGGGCUGCUUCAUCUCUCCUCUCCCUCCCAGAGCCCAACUGCUGUCAUUUUGUGCCCUGCCAAAGAGGAGGGAACUGCAGUGACAGCAGGAGUGAGAAGCAGGACAGAGUUGUGGUGCACAGAGAGGUAUGGAGAGGGAGACGCUGAGACCAGGUGACAGUGAGACACCGAGAGAGGGCUGAGAAGCAGGGUGAGGGGAGUUGAGCGUCUGAGGGAGGGCAGAAACUGAAAGAAGCAGAAAGGUGGACAAGAAGACAGGAAGACUUGUGAGUCAGAGCCACUCAGCCAUGCUGGGAGCAACGCAGCACUGGCUACCACGUCUCUGGCUACCAGGUCUCACACUCAACUCCAGAUUGCCCAUGGCCCUGAUGAUUCUGGCCCUGGGGACCGGAUGGGCCCAGGAGGGAGCAGAGCCUGUCCUCCUGGAGGGUGAGUGCCUGGUGGUCUGUGAGCCUGGCAGAGCUGCUGCAGGGGGAGCCGGGGGAGCAGCUCUGGGAGAAGCACCUCCUGGAAGAGUGGCAUUUGCUGCAGUCCGAAGCCACCACCAUGAGCCUGCAGGGGAGAUCAGCAACGGCACCAAUGGGGCCAUCUACUUUGACCAGGUCUUGGUGAAUGAGGGCGGUGGCUUUGAUCGGGCCUCGGGCUCCUUCGUGGCCCCUGUCCGGGGUGUCUACAGCUUCCGGUUCCAUGUGGUGAAGGUGUACAACCGCCAAACCGUCCAGGUAAGCUUGAUGCUGAACACAUGGCCCGUCAUCUCAGCCUUUGCCAAUGACCCUGACGUGACCCGAGAGGCAGCCACCAGCUCAGUGCUACUACCCCUGGACCCUGGGGACAGGGUGUCUCUGCGCCUACGUCGGGGGAACCUGCUGGGUGGCUGGAAAUAUUCAAGCUUCUCUGGCUUCCUCAUCUUUCCACUCUGAGGGCUCAUGCCUUUCAAAGACAGGAAUCUAGCCCCUGACGUCUGGCCUAUGCCCUCUCCCCUCCUGCCCCAAAAGCAACAUCUUUGAGGUCGGAGAGAGGUUCCCUCUGGCUGUUUGUAUUUCAGCUUCUUGCAUGGGACCAUGUGCCAAACACCUAAGGUGAUGAGCAGAGCUGUGGCAUCCCAGGACCUGGCCCCUCUUAACCCCUCCCCCAUCCCAAAUGCCCUCACAGUCUCUCACUGCAUCUCUUUGUCUGCAGCCCUAGGAUGAGGGCAGGAUUUGGCAGGUAAAGAGUCCUGCCAUACUUUGCAGACUUUGUUCUUCCUUCUUCUACCCCACCCCCAGCUUCUGGCUCAGAGCUACUUGGAAACAGGUGGGCAGGUGAGCUUGACAGGCCCCCACAAGGGCCCAGAUGGACCAGGCUCAGCAUGCCCUGCAGGCUCCUUCCUGUGAGGAGUGCCAGCAUUGUGGAUCUCGGCCAGCACAGUCAGGAGUUGAGCCAGCCCAUAUGGACUAUGGCAGGAGGCUCAGCCACCAGUAGAAGUGUGGGGAGGGCCACUGAGCAGCCCAGAGCCUAUAGCUGAUAGGAUAGGAAGGGAACAUGUGACCAGCCUGAGCAAGGUACACAUUUUUCAUGUACACUGGGGCAACCAGCAGGCAGUGAACCUGGGUGUUCAUCUGUACCAGGUCCCAAAUGGACUCUGGCUCUCACUUCCCCAGCUGAGACAUGGGGUGUGUAUGUUUGUUUGUACCAGCUGAGAACAGGUGUACAGCACUUCCUUGGGCAGCUGUAGGUAGAAGAUCACAUGUGAGCAAGUGUAGAUCUCCAGGCAUGGAACACAUCAAUGCCCACAGCCACCUUCUAAGAGUUCCACCUUUGCAGUCUUCACUUCGAUCACUCCCUGCUCUGACCAUCGCCUCCUUCCCCCAGUUCUCAGUUACCUGCAGUGAACCUGUUCUAGACUGUCCCACUGCCUCUCUUCUUUCCCCUGAUCUGUGCUGUCUUAAACUUGCUAUUACCUUGAAUUCAAUAAUUCAUCCCUUCAACCAAUCUCCUGCAAGUAUUAUAAACUGCCUUACCUCCCUGUCCCAUUGGCCCAGCAUGGGUGACUCAAUCAAUAAAGCAACCAGAGAAUUAUCGUUGAUGAGACAUUAUCAGAUCACUCAAGACAGAAGAUACCAUUAGAAUUUGGGUCAGGAUACCACCAGGUAUGUCAGAGAGACUAUAAAACUGUACAUUAGAGUCAAAUAAAAAAGGAUUUAGUAAUGCUUGAGUUAAGUAGGAAAUACCAAUGUAAAUUUGUGGUUUGCAAAAGAAACAAUUUUUCAAACUAUCACUAAAGUAGCAUAGAUACAACAUUAGGAAAAAUUCUGAUAGGUAUUCUUAGCACCUGGAUCUUUACCUCAAACAUUAUUCACCUUUAGAAGGACUCGGGUUUCCUAGGAGAAUAUCUCCAUGUCCCAGAUAAUUCUAGGCCUGGAACAUGUUGUUGAUGACAAUAAGCAAGGAUACUUUUCUAAAUGUAUAGGGGAGAGUGAAAAGACAAAGGGACCAAUUUUAAAAGACUCCCAUCUGACAUUCUGUGGCAAUUUGGCAAUCAAAAGCAAAAAUAAUGUACUUAAUUGGAAGAAGGUGAUUUUUUUAAAUGUAUGACUCUAGUGAUACUCCAAAAGGAAAAAGUCACUAUGAAGCAUGCAAAAAGGCAGUUCAUAUGCUGAGUGAAGAAGAACGAAUAUAUUGGAUAUUUUUAGUUAAUUUUGACAAAUAGAAGAAUAUAAAUAUAGUAGGUAUUUUAACUAUUCAUAAGUUACACUUACUUUUCCUCAUCUGUAUAAGCAGGGAGGGGUGGAUAUAGAGAGCUGUGAGUAAUUCCAGAAAAACGUUGGAACUGUACCAAGAGUGAAAGAGACUGAUUGGCACCAUCUGGCCAUAUAUUACAGCUAGGAAGAAAGAAAGCCCAACAGAUAACUGCUCGCUGCUCAGACUUGAUCCUUCAUCUCUUGGGAAAGGGAACCUCUAUAUUACCAACUAAUUAAAAUGAGAUUACAGUAACAGUAAAGCCCAAAAUAAGAAUGGCUUACAUAAGGUAGAUUAUUUCUGCCUCACAUAGAAGAAUCUGCAGACAGAGUCCAGGGAUGGAUGGCAGUUCUUUUGGGUUCCUGUAUUCAAUUCUACUGUGUGUGGAGGGGAGGGGGUACUUUUCACAAAAUGCCAAGCAAUGCUCAGACACCAGCAGGAUAUCCAAGAUUUUGACUCAGUUCAACACAAUUCUGACACUACCUGCCUGGAUUUUGCAUCAGAUUCUACAGGUUAAGGAUUUGUCCUACACCCCAACCCUCUUCGCUUCAGACCCCAGUGGAAAACCCAGGCUGUUAAAUAUACUUCUGAUCAACUGCCUAUAGAUUAGAGGUUCCAGCGACCCCACUCCUCAGCAACUCAGUUCAAACACCAGUUUCAAGUCUAGGCUGUUCCCCGAGCCUCUGAUUGACUGGCUGGGUUCCAGUGUUAAAUAAAAAAUUUUAACUUCCAUAGCUGGGUUUUCUAAAAGAAAGGGUUUAUUAGGCUGUUGCUAGAAGGA